AUGGCGACCUAUGAGUUUGAUGGAAUUGAUCUCGAUUGGGAAUAUCCUGAGUCAACUGACCGCAACGGGCGUCCAGAGGACUUCAAGAAUUUUUCGAAGUUCAUGGCAAAUUUGAGGAAAGAGCUUGAUAAAUCUGGUGGUCGAAAUGGAAUCUCAAUCACCCUACCUGCAUCAUAUUGGUAUCUUCAGCACUUUGACGUUAAAGCUCUUGCUAAAUCAGUGAGCUUCUUCAAUAUCAUGUCAUAUGAUCUCCACGGAACCUGGGACAUGGGCAACAAAUGGACAGGCGAAUACCUCAAUGCUCACACCAACCUGACAGAGAUCGACCUCGCCUUGGAUCUACUUUGGAGAAAUGACAUCAAGAAGGACAUGGUCGUUAUGGGCCUAGCUUUCUACGGUCGUGCAUAUACCAUCAACCCAGCUUGCACCAAGCCGGGAUGUAUGUAUUUUUCCGGCGGUUUGAAGGGCGAGUGCAGUCGAGAAGUUGGAGUUCUGCUGAAUAACGAGAUCGAUCAGAUCCGUGAAGACAAAGGUGGCAAGCCGACGCUAGACAAGAAUGCUGCAGUCAAACUCUAUACCUGGGACAACCAAUGGGUUUCAUACGACGACGCUGAUACCUUUAAGCUGAAAGCCAACUUUGCACGAAAACGUUGUCUCGGUGGAGUGAUGGUCUGGGCAAUGAGCCACGAUACAAAAAACGCAGACUACUCCAAGGCCCUGGGAAAGGUCACAGGGUAUAUAGGUGAUAAGCAGUUCGAUAUGGGUAAUUCGAAUGUCACUGAAAAGGAGAACCACGACCAUUGUCAUUGGACUAAUUGCGGGUUACCGUGUCCAGCAGGUUGGCACAUGAUAGAACGUGAUGAUAAAUUCAGGAACUAUGACGGCGAGCCAAUGAUGGAUUCUUCGGAGUGCGGAGAAGGUAUAGGCUAUCGUUCAUGGUGCUGCCCACCCGGUAAAUCGCCAACCUGUGGCUGGUAUGACUUCAAUAAUGGUCGCUGUGAAGAUGGAUGUCCUGGUGAUAUGAAGGAAAUUGGUUCGACUAGAAAGGGCUGCCGAGCUGAUACGUCUCAAACGGCUUGCUGCACCAGUGAGAUCCCAUCCAUGGCUCUCUAUGAUACGUGCGACUGGGGGGCCUGGCCUUUGUGUGAGACUGGUACCUGUUCUUAUAAAGGAAGUACCAUGACCUCAGAGCUUGGAAGAUCCGCCACUGGCAGUGGAGCGCACUGGUGUCAAGAUGAUAGUGGUUGGGAUGACUCCGUUUGGCCAAAGGGACAAAUCGGCGAACAGAGAUAUUGCUGCAAUACCGAAACGGAAAACCGAAAAUGGAAGAAUUGUGGGUGGGAGCAACAUCAAGGUGCCCUCUCAAAAGACAUGAAAUGUGUCGGCUUCUGCUUGAAUGGAAAAGUUCAAGUGGCUAUGGAUGUCCGUAACCAUGGCUGUUAUAAUCGAGGUUAUCGGACUCUUUGUUGCGAGCCCGCUUAUUACACUGAGACAACUCGGUAUUCAAAUGAUGUUCUGACAUUUCAAGAUGCCGUAAAGUCAUGGGGAGGCAAUCCGACUUGUGCGAUAGGGUCUAAUAAGAGAUCUGUGGAGACGACGGCUUUGGCAGUUCGGUCUGUGCUUCCACCUUCAAAGCAAGUGAGAUCCUUCUUACUAGAACUGUUCGUUGCCUACGCCGCUGCGAACUUGGCUAAAGUUGGCCCGCUUUGCGAAGUUUGGAACAAUUACGUCAAGGAAAAGGGAUGGUCGAAUCUUGUGUGUGAGACUAUGUGUAAAGGCGUCACAGAUAACACAUCUCACGAUUCUUAUGUAGUUCAAUAUGGGUAUUACAACCUAACGAACGCUAUAACAUGUGAUCCAGACCUUUGGAGCGAAGUUCUUGUUGAUGGUGGUAGGACUGAUAUUAUAUGCGAUUACGACCCUUGUACAGAUGAUCCUUCAUUGUGCACGGAGGAAGGCUUUGAUGCAGAUUCCAUAGAGGAAACCUCAUCAGACAUUGCGCGAAGGCAUUUGGAAUGGGACGAAAAAGUAAGUUUCUUGAAAUAA